AUGAAUGCAGCAAGAUAUUGUAGAGUAGCUACGACCCUUGUCCAGAAAAUUAUGAAAAUGGAUGCUUCGACUGCAACGAAAUCCAUAAAGGAAGGUAAGGCCGAGAUAUUCCUUACAACGGAGAAGGUAUUUUAUAACCCUGUCCAAGAAUUUAACCGAGAUUUAAGUAUAGCAGUGUUGACAAUAUUUACAAAUGAAUACAAAGCUGAACAAAUAGCUAAAGCGGAGAAAAGAGGUAAAAAUAAGCCACAAAACCCUACCGACGAAGGAAGAGAAACUGACACUAAUAAUGAGGUAGACAUUUCAAUAUUAGAAGCAUUGUCCGCAACAGGUUUACGGAGUAUCCGAUAUGCUAAGGAAGUACCAAACGUGACUAAGAUAGUUGCCAAUGACCUGUCCAAGCAGGCCGUGGAGACAAUACAGGCCAAUAUUGUGCACAACCAAGUUGAAAAUCUUAUUGAAACCAGCCAUGAUGAUGCAUGUAUGGUGAUGUACAAACACAAGCAUCCAAUGAAACGUUUUGCGGCAAUAGACCUGGACCCCUAUGGUUGUCCCUCGGUGUUCUUGGACUCUGCAGUCCAGAGUGUGCAGGAUGGAGGCCUCUUGUUAAUAACUGCUACGGACAUGGCGGUCUUGGCUGGAAAUGCACCGGAAACUUGUUACUCAAAAUAUGGUGCUAUCAGUUUGAAAACUAAAUGCUGCCAUGAAGUGGCUCUAAGAAUAAUGCUCCAAUGCAUAGAAUCGCAUGCAAACCGCUACAGUCGGUACAUAGUACCGCUGCUCAGCAUAUCUGCUGACUUCUACAUCAGAGUGUUUGUAAAGGUCUACACUGGUGCUAUUCAUUGUAAGAAGACCACAAGUAAGUUGUCAAUGGCCUACCAUUGUACUGGUUGCGACAAUAUUACUCUUCAACCAUUGGGCGGGUUCAAACCCAAUCCGACUGAGAAGAACCCAACACAGACUAAAGCCUACCUGCCGGCAGCGCCACCUGUCGGCGAGUUCUGUUCUAAUUGCAAUCAGAGACAUCAUCUUGGCGGCCCUCUCUGGUCUGCACCAAUCCACGAUGAAGCUUUCGUAACUAAAGUGUUGAACCACGUGGAAAAUAACCCUGAUCUCUUCGGCACUGCCAAGCGGAUAGCUGGAAUAUUGGCCAUGGUCAGAGAAGAACUGCUGGACAUACCUCUGUACCAUUCUAUGGAUAGACUUUGCGGGAGAGUCCAUUUGGAGACCAUGCCUAUGUUGAUUAUGAGAUCAGCAUUACUAAACGCCGGGUACAAGGUGUCAUACUCCCACGCAUCUCGCAUGUCUAUAAAGACGCGUGCGCCGGCGCAUGUUGUUUGGGACAUUAUCCGCACUUGGGCACAGACACAUCCUGUCAAACCUGCUAAAUUGGAAGCUGACCCGGUAGCGCGGUUUAUUCUGGCGCAAGAAAUUAAGACACCGGUUGACCUGAGCGAACGAGGCGAUGCUAAUCCCAUCAGCCGACGCGACGGAAGACUGAGGUUCCAGUACAACCCUACUCCACAUUGGGGACCAGGCUCCAGAGCUGCUGUCAAUGUGGGAGAAGAGAAAAUGUCUAAAGCAAUCAGAAAUCAAAAUAAGUACAGUAAGGACAAGGAUAAGAAAAAUCUUAAACGACCACAUUCACCAAGUGACGAUGAAGAAAUAAAAAAUGUUAAUGCAAGUGCUGAAACUGCUUUGUAA